GACUGGGGCUGGGGGUGUCCGCUUUUGUUGUGUAAAAAAGGGGGCUUGUUCUUAGCCGAUCAGCCUGCCAUUUUAACACGGGGUGUGGGAGCGCCGGUCGAGAGGUUUGACAAGAGGAGCGGUGUGGGAUGGGAGAGGAGAGACAGAGCGUCCAGCGUGAAGUCCGUCCACAGCCGAGCGGAGCCGCAGCAUCGACAUACUGUGAGAGAAGCCGGUCGGUCGGCAGGGUUUACGCACACCUGAAGGCCGCACACCCCAAGGAUUACAACCCAGGAGGAAUAAUCUGACAAGUUAGGUGGGAAAAAAGAGCGAGAGAGGACGCGUGUAAAAAUUAGACACAGGUUAGUUUCUGCAAGUGCACUUAGAUUUUGCCUGACAGAAGCGGACAGUUUUACUUUAAUGAUAGCCUAAACUAUCACCAGCUGCCGCAUUUUCGGCCGAGCAGGGCUUUCUUUGACUGUGACGGACACUGAUUUGAUGAAGAAUGUGUUGGCUGUGCGCGUACCAGCCUCUCUGUCAGCACCUCUGACCUCUUUUUCUGUGGAUUCCGGAGAAAUCUUUGGACUUGGCGGCUUGAUUUAAAGACCGCCGAAAUCAGCUGGGGGAUUUUUUUUAUUUAUUUUUUUGCAGGUCUGAGAUCGGACCCCGAUCAGAAAUUACUGGAAGAGCUUUUUUUUUACCUUCAUCCAACAUGCGAUCCAUCCCGUCCAGACUCAGCUAUCUGUUUCUCCACCUAUUUGCGCUCUGCUACUAUGCUCAGGUAACCAAUCAGUCCCCGCCUAAUUUCACGCAGCAUGUAAGCGAGCAGAGCAAAGUGACGGACCGGGUGAGCCGCAGGUUGAUCCGGACCUACCAGCUGUACAGUCGGACCAGCGGCAAGCACGUCCAGGUCCUGCCCAACCAGAAGAUCAACGCCAUGGCCGAGGAUGGAGACGUGCACGCUAAACUCAUUGUGGAAACUGACACAUUUGGGAGCCGAGUGCGCAUCAAAGGAGCUGAGACGGGCUUCUACAUCUGCAUGAACAAGAAGGGGAAACUCAUCGGCAAGAAAAAUGGACAAGGUCGGGACUGUAUCUUCACUGAAAUAGUUCUGGAGAACAACUACACGGCAUUGAAGAACGCCCGUUAUGAAGGCUGGUACAUGGCCUUCACCCGCCGUGGGCGACCCCGGAAAGGCUCACGGACACGCCAGCACCAGCGUGAGGUUCAUUUCAUGAAGAGGCUACCAAAGGGGCAGCAGACUACCCACGCAAGCCACCACCGACCUUUUGACUUCAUCCAAUACCCUUUCAGUCAAAGGACUAAACGUACUCGAUACUCCUCACAGCGCUGAGUAGUAGCAGGAAAAUAGAAGGGAAAGAGGAGAAACUGAGAGAUUGGCUGAAUCGCCAGCAGCCAAUACAGAGACUUUUUUUUUAUACUGAGCAUUAUUGUAUCUUAAGUAGUUUGUUCUCUAUUUUUCUUGAAGUAAAAAAAAAACUGUACAUACAUCACAAAAACAAAACGCAAGAAAUCUAUUUUUGUACUCGAUUUUUAGCUGUGACUUGUAUGAAAAGACUAAAAAGAAAAAAAUUAGAUGCACAUGACUCGUUGUCUGACUUGCCUGGACAUCUUAGUAGAGUGUGUUGUGUUUGUUGUUCGUCAUUUUAACCAGCAGAGUCAUUUUUUGGACUCUUGCCUGCUGCUCAAGGAGACUUGAAGGGCCCUGAUUGACCGCACUGCCAAGGAAUGCUACAUUCAGAGCCACAAAUUGUCACACACUGCGUUGUAGAGUGCAGGACCGCGUGGUGUUAACACACUGCAGUGUUUAAGCAAUUUGCUACACGCUGCAUCCUGACAGGAAUAAUCCAGCAUCUUUCUCACACAGUUCAAUCAAACAGCAUCUGAUGGAACAAUGUGGCAGCUAUAUUUGAUAAUCACAGGUUUCCUGUUCUGACUGACUGAUGUAUAGAAAAUGCAUUGAUGUGUAAGGAAUCCAUUGACACACCCACUGACCCUCACCCUUUGUGUUCCUGGUACCCUGUGAAUGUCUGUUUUUAUACAUAUAUAAAUAUAUUUUUUAUUUGACGAUGUGUAAAAUAAUUUUAAGGAUGGAAUAUUUAUUUAAAAUGUAUAAUAAAUGUACAUUAGAAUACUGAUAUUAAACUCUUGUUUGGUA